AUGAGCAAAAAUUACGAACUACUGGAUGAGCUGUUCGAUAAAGUGUUGUCAUGCACUCAUAUCCAAAGUCAUUAUAUGGAAGCAUUUAUUAUGAAAUUGGAUGAAAUUUACAAAUUUUCUAACCGGCAACUGCCACUCAAUACACUUAUUUUAGUUAAUUCUUUGAAAUCAAAGUUUUAUUCACUUCCACAAGUAUUUUCACCUGAAUAUUAUCUGAAACUUGCGCUUGGUCCACUUUGCUAUUCGCUGCAUAUUUCAACUUCAAAUAUGUUCAACAUUGGUUACGUAGUACUAGUGCUGCGAAAUUGUUUGGUUUCUGUCGAAAAUGAGUCAAUAGGACGAAACCAGUGGACGUUCUUCUUAGAAUUUCUCGCUAAUUUCUUAAUAUGCUGUGAAGAAUACACCUUAUAUACAGUGCGGGUGAUAUGCAUGGAUACUUUCAAACUAUUUUUGUCGAAAUUUGAACCAGUAGCACAAGUACUUGUCAUCCGAAAGUUGUUCGGCAUGAUUCAAAAGGACGAAAUACAGAGGAAAAAUUUUCACAAAAUCAACAUUUAUGAUGAAAAAUCAUUAAAAUUCGAGGCACAACUUCUGGCAUGGAUUAUUGACUUGUUUCGUUCCAAGCUUAAGUAUGAGGUGUUUCGUAGAGAACUUGGUUUUUUCUGGGGUGAUAUGGUCAGUAUACGUUAUUCAUAUCUCAGCGAUGGAUUGCAGUACUAUUUGUCUGUUUUCAUAUUUGCUCAGGAAUUGGCGCUUCGUAGAAUGAAUCCGGAAUUGAUAUUAAAUAUUUAUAAGCAUUUUCUUCAACCUUUACAGUCGCAAAUAUCAGAUUGGACAGAAUUGGUGAAAAUCGAACAACAACAGAUAAAUCAUGGAAGCCUUGAGAUGCCCGCCAAUCAACUGUCUGUUAGUAUGGAGCGUUUAGAAAUGGAAACCCGUCGACAACAAAAUAUCCAGUCACUACCACUGCUCCAAUUUCAGUAUUCACAAACUUUAAAUUUUGCUGAAACUUUCCUACAUAGUGCACACAUGCUAUAA